AUGGCCGGCGAGAUACGGCAGAAGUUCGACUUGGACAAGUUUACGCGAUAUGUCGACGAGAAUGCACCCAACAUCAAGACUCCAUUGGAGGUCAAGCAGUUUGGAUAUGGGCAAUCAAACCCCACCUACCUGAUCACCGCUGCUGAUGGGAACAAAUAUGUCAUGCGCAAGCAACCUCCUGGCAAGCUCCUAUCCAAGACGGCCCACCGUGUUGACCGAGAGUUCCGUAUCAUCCACGCCCUGAACCCCACCGACGUCCCCGUCCCGGAAGCCAUGUGUCUCUGCACCGACAGCGCCGUCAUCGGCACUCCCUUCUACAUCAUGCAAUUCCUCCAGGGCCGCAUCUUCGAAGACCCCGCCAUCCCGGACGUCUCCCCCAAGGAGCGAAAGGAGAUGUGGCGCUCCGCCAUCACCACUCUCGCCAAGUUCCACCGCGUCAAGCCCGACAGCGUCGGCCUCCAGGACUUUGGCCGGCACGGCAAUUUCUACAACCGCCAGCUGAGGACCUUCAAGAAGCUCUCCGAGGACCAGGCUGCUGUCAAGGACGCAGACAGUGGAGAGGCGGUCGGCAAGAUCCCUUACUUUGACGAAAUGGUCGGCUUCUUUGGCGACGCUUCUACCCAGCCUCAGGAUCGAAGUACGUUUGUGCACGGCGAUUACAAGAUUGAUAAUGUCGUCUUCCACCCCACCGAGCCCCGCGUGAUUGGUAUCCUGGACUGGGAAAUGGCAACGAUUGGCCAUCCCCUCUCUGAUCUUACCAACCUGAUUAUGCCCAUCAGCAUUGCCCAGCCAGAAUACGCUGAGCUGGCCGACGCGGCAGGGAGGAAGAAUCUGAGUUUCAUGGGGGGUAAGGAUGGUGCAGAAGGGCUGCCCACGAAGGAGGAAGCCGUCAGGUGGUACGAAGACGUCGUGGGAUGGAAAGUCGAUCAGAGGGAGUUGACGUGGGCGGAGGCCUUCAACGCUUACCGGGGAGCGGUCAUCAUGCAAGGUAUCGCGGCAAGAUAUGCAGCUCGACAGGCCAGUAGUACGAGGGCGAUGGAGUAUGGACGGGCAAUGGGUCCGCAGGGGAAGAUGUCAUGGGCGUUUGUGCAGGAGGUGAAGAAGAAGAACGCAGAGGCGGGCAAGAAGGCCAAGUUAUGA